AUGUCAUAUGGUGCUGGAAUAUGGGGUAUGGUAGGGCAUAAAAAAUUGAAUAGUGUACAAAACAGAGCAUCUGAUUGUAGUCGACCUUAUAGUCUACCUACUGUAUGUGGUAAACAUAAAGAUCUCAAGUCUAUUUCACCUCAAACUGUUGAAGAUUUAUUAAAUGGAAAAUAUCCAACUAUAGAUAAUAAUUAUAUGAUACUAGAUUGUAGAUAUCCAUAUGAAUAUGAUGGUGGUCAUAUCCAGGGAGCAAGAGCACCUACACUAUUACGAUAUCUUCGAUCUCAGGACAGAUUAUUGAACAGUGAUAAUUAUCCUAGUCUAUAUUACCCAGAAGUCUAUAUUCUAGAUGGAGGAUAUAAAGAUUUUUAUGAACGAACACAGAAUCUGUGUGAACCCUGUGAUUAUAUUCAAAUGUUAGACCCACUGUUUACUGAAGAAUUAUCAAUUUUCCAGAGUAAAAAAUCACGAGGUAAUAGAAGUAGAGAAGAAAAGACGAGAAAACCUCGUGUUAUCAGAUUUUGA